ACGGCGAAGAGGCAUAUUUAUUGUAAGAUUCGAGAUGAAACAAACCAGAAUAGUCACAAUCAACUCUUUGUCAAAUAGAUGAAAGGGUUUGUGGACAUUUCCCAUCCAAAGGAGACAAAGGACUGAAGACGUAGAUAUAUAUCACCACAAUGCCCACGGAUGUCUCCAUCACCAUUUAUCACGAAUUGUCUUACUUACAUUCCCCAAAUCUACUACCGUUUACAACCAUGCCACCCUAUUCUUCCAUAGAAGACCCCUUUGACUAUACAACACCCGAUAUGCCUGGCAAGCACCACCGGAGAAAGGUAAGAGGACCCAAUAACCACGACCCCGUCGACCACGAGGAGAGGGCUGAAUUCUACCGGCAAGAAUGGGCUGAACAGAACGAGGAAAACCGCAGAUAUCAGUAUCAAGCGUUACAAUCCGACCGCAGAUACGAGCAUCAGGAGGCGAUGAUGAAGGAUCUUGCAGAUGAUAACGACAGGCUGCAGAUGGAGUUGGAGGAGAUUCGUGAAACGAAGAAGAAAGAUGAUGAGCGGAUGAGGAGGAUGGAGAAACAAGCCAAGGACGACGAUGUCGACAUCGGCAACUUGUUGAACGAAAAUGAGGAUCUCAAGGAACAGAAUGAGCGGCUUUCGAAACGGCUCGUGUUAGGUCUCGAAAAGCAAAGGGGCUUGGAAGAGGAGGUUGCUGCUCGUGGUAUCAUGAUGGGAGAGUUUCAGGACAACCAAGACAAGACGAAUCCUGAGCUGGAGAGGCUGAGGAACGAGGUAUCGUUUUAUCACGAGGAGCGGAAGCAAUUGGGCUACGAUGUACAGCAGUAUGUACAGAAUCUGGAAGACGAGAAUGAAGUAUUACGGCAACAAGUGGCUAGAGCUUCAGGGCUGAUCGCCAAAAUUUCCAGUCAAUCAUGGCGGGGGUACAGCCAGGCUUCGGCUCUUCAGCAUGUCCGGGCACAAAUGCAGAGCCAGCGAUCACAAUCACUUAUUUCGGACGAGGAAAUGGAGGAUGUGUCGGAUUCCCAGUCGCAUCACGGUCAGUAUCCUGGCCUACCUACCGCAAACUAUGCACACCAGAUGGACCUGUGUUCGCGGUCUCCGAGUCUUGUUCCCGAGUCAAGUCGGUUUCAAGGAAGUUAUCACGACUCGAUUGUUUCUCAGACAAGGCCUUACAUUCAAUAUCAACACCAACUAACGGAUGCCAAUGCACACUUAUACAGACCAGGAGUAGUAGUGACAGGGCCACACCAAUCCCCAAGCGUUGGCUCCAAUGAAGAAUAUACAGAUCAGUCUGGGUCAGAUUCAGGACUAGAUGUCACUCAGUCAACACGACCACCCUCACAGUCCACGGAUCCCACAGAAAGCGAAACUGUGUACGAGGACAGGUCUGAAAGGUCUGGGUCUGGAGAAUCCGAACAAACCGAGGAAACCUCGGACACCAGUUACUCGUCUGGAUCCGAAGAUGAGAUUGAAUAUAUACCACAGGAAGCACGGAUUAUCAGCGACACCGAAUCGAUCGCUUCAAGCGUGUUAAGCAUUAUGGAUUUGGAUAGGACUCAACCAAGUAAUCCUUCGCUGUCUAUGUCGAGCCAUUCGACAGGAGAUACCAGAUCAGAACAAAAGCUGCCAUCGCGUAAACGACGGAGAUACGCAAUAUCUGAUGAUGAGGAUGAUUUGUCCGAGGAGGAUCAAGAAGUUAUUGCAACACAGAGGGAUGCCAAGGUUUGCAAAUUCUGCGGUAUGUCCGAUAAAGGGAGCCCGAAAUCCCUCACGACGAGGUUCGAAGGACUGUCGAUCAGCGAUGAUAAAUGUGCACCCCAGCCAAAAGAGCCUCUAUCUGAACAGCCCGAUCAGAAUAUAGAGGUUAUAGAUGACAUAAAAGAAACCCCACCGGCUUCAAAGGCAGUCCAGACCGAAGAGCAGCCGGUGAUAUCACCACCUACGAAAUCAGAACAUCCUCGAGUGAAUUCUCUUGAAACUCAGAUCGAAGGGAACAUCGAUAUGAAACCCAACAAAGUUCAGGAAAGCAACCCCCUUGAGAUAUCGAAGGGUGUGGAAGCCGAACCACCGAUGAAGCUCAGCACAGUCCCUCCGACGUCAGAUGACCCAGUCUACCUUCCGAAACCGUACACGAUGAAACCUCGAUGGAGUUUCAGAUCCCCGCCGCUCUUCAUGGGAAAACAGGACAUCAUAAAGCCCAAGCGCAGUGAUUAUCAUGGAGCUGGAACAUCGAUUUUCACGGCAGAGACGGGUGCACUCUUGCCAACCACAUCCCCAUCACACGUUGAGCAGAGUGGCCGGUCUAACGCCUGUCAUGGCCAUGGAGAGUACAGAAGCGUAGAAAUGCAGAUUGGAGGUCAGUCUGUGGUACACUAAGAAGGAUCAUCGUCAGUGG